AUGUUCGGAGGAGAGAGGUAUAUUUAUUUUGUAGAUCAGAAUAAUGAUAUUGUUUAUUUUGGGCAUGGCGAAGGUGAUUGUUGUAAAUUGGAAUUAUCACGAUUGACUGGCAAUAAUCAAUUGAUUGCUGAAAAAACCGUGUCCUUGAAACUUUUGAAAAUUAAUUUCAAAAAGCACCAUCCAGAUUUUAUACCAAAUGAAUAUUAUAGAAAUGUUGAUUCAAUUUAUAUAGUUGAUGUAAAUGGAACAAGAGUUUUGAGAAUUGAUUCUGCCGAGAAUCCAGAGGGCCAUAUGUAUCAAUUAAACAUUAGGAUUAAGGAAGUAAUGAGUGGACCUCUGGCAAAUCAAUUUUUAAUUAUCAACGACAGGAACGAAUUGUGGGAAUUGAGCAAAAAAGAAACUCCUGUGAAAAUUGAGAUACCAAAUGAUACUGUUAUUAGAUGUGGAGGUUGUUGGAAUGGUGGAUUUUUAAUUGUUGAUAGAGAGAAUAAGAUUUACGCUCAAGAUCUGGGCAAUCACAUUAGAUCAGGAUUAGGUUAUUCAGAUUAUGACUCCAAUUUGAACCAUUUAUCAACUUUCCUAGAAAAAAAACACACAAUAGACAAAGUUAAAGGAGGUUACUAUCAUGUUAUACUUAGAACCAAAGAGAACAAGAUAUUUUGUUGUGGUUAUGACAAUAUGCAUCAAGCAACAUUUGGAUUGAAGGAGGAUAGUUCAGAUCAUAAUAAUUUAACUGAAUGCCCUCUAGAUUUAGGAGAAGUUAUUGAAAUAGGAGGAUUUUCAAGAGGAGAGUAUUUUCUCAAUAGUAAGAAUGAUGUAUUUUGUAUUGGUGAAAUGUUUGCUGAUUUUCCUGAAAAACCAUUUCCAAAAUUUCCAUUCGUACAGAAGUUUAAUUUAGAUGAAUUGAGCUCACUUGCUGGAGUUGGCCCAUUGAAAUUUAAUGAUGUUUUGAACAGUGGAUGGCAAUGCUGUUUUUUCCACAAUUCGCACAAGACAAUGACCAAACAUUCAAGAACAAAGGAGAAAUUAAUCGAAAGUGCCAGAAAUUCAAAGCUAGUUGAUGUAUCAAUAGUCUUCGACGAUUAA